UAAUGAUUGGUUGACAGACGCCCCCCCCCCAGGAUGUGUGACUUCUGCUUUGAGUCGUGUCUUAUCGUCACUUUGUGGUUUAACCGACACAAAGUUACAGAAAACUCCAAACUGACAGACGCUGCAGAGGAAGAGCAACGACUGACUACAGGACCCCAUGAAAGACAUCAUGAACAUCACGUUAUUCACCACCGCGGACCCCUCCUCCUCCUCGUUCAUGGCGGCGACCACUGACGAGGACUACAGCGACUACGAGGACCUGAUGUGUGACCGGGCGCCGGUCCGAGCCUUCAGGCGCUGGUGCGAGCCGCCGCUCUUCUGGAUCAUCACGCUGGUGGGCGGAGCCGGGAACCUGGCCGUGGUGUGGAUCUACCUGAACUUCCGCCGGCGGCUGAAGACCAUGUCGGACGUGUACCUGCUGAACCUGGCGAUCGCCGACUUGCUGUUCGUGGUCACGCUGCCGCUGUGGGCAGCCGAGGCCUCGCACGGCUGGAACUUCGGCCUCGUCCUCUGCAAGCUGAACUCCGCCCUCUACAAGGUGAACCUGUUCAGCAGCACGCUGCUGCUCACCUGCAUCAGCGCCGACCGCUACGUCGUCAUCGUGGAGGCCACCAAGGCUCAGAACUCACGGCUGGAGCGCCGUCGCCGCAGCUGGCUGGUGUGUGUGGGGGUGUGGCUGCUCGCCCUGCUGCUCGCCACGCCCGAGCUCCUGUUCUCCACCACUGUGGACGUGGACUCUCAGCCGUACUGCAGGAUGGUGUUCCCCGCUCACCUGGGGAACUUCACCAAGGUCCUGCUGCUGUCGCUACAAGUGAGCAUUGGCUUCCUCUUGCCCUUCAUCAUCAUGAGCUUCUGCUACAGCGUCAUCGUUGCCAAGCUGCUCAACACACGAAGCUUCCAGAAGCACAAGGCGAUGCGCGUCAUCCUGGUGGUGGUGGUGGUCUUUGUCCUGUCACAGCUGCCCUACAACGGCGUGCUGGUGGUGCAGGCCACGCAGGCCUCCACCAUGAGCCUGAAGGACUGUGAGCAGAUUAACUGCUUCGACAUGGUUGGACAGGUGUUGAAGAGUCUGGCCUACAUGCAUGCCUGCCUCAACCCCUUCCUCUACGCCUUCGUGGGGGUUCGCUUCCGCCACGACGUCCUGCAGCUGUUACACUGGCGCUGCUGGCGCUGCCAGACAUCGUCCAACAAGAGUCCGCUGAGCUCCACCAGAGUGAUGUCGGACAGCGACACCUCGCAGGCCCUGUCCCUGUGAAGACACUGUCUCAUCACUGGUUAUUUUAUAUAUAUAUACACUCACCGGCCACUUUAUUAGGUACACCUUGCCAGUAAAAGUUUGUACCCCCUUUUGCCUUCAGAACUGCCUUAAUUCUUCGUGGCAUACUUUCAACAAGGUGUUGGAAACAUUCCUCAGAGAUUUUGGUCCAUAUUGACAUGAUAGCAUCAUGCAGUUGCUGCAGAUUUGUCGGCUGCACAUCUAUGAUGCGAAUCUCCCGUUCCACCACACCCCAAAGGUGCUCUAUUGGAUUGAGAUCUGGUGACUGAGGAGGCCAUUGGAGUACAGGGAGCUCAUUGUCAUGUUCAAGAAACCAGUUUGAGAUGAUAUGAGCUUUGUAACAUGGUGCAUUAUCCUGCUGGAUGUAGCCGUCAGAAGAUGGGUACACUAUGGUCAUAAAGGGAUGGACAUGGUCAG